AUGUGUGUGUAUAGUCAAAACGAAGGGUCAGUCGGGGUACCGGCCCUGGCCCUUGGCCGGGUCUCCCCGGUAUCGGGCAGGGUAGCGGCCAAAGCCGUUCCUCACCGGCUCGGGAGCGUGUUGUUUCCUGACGUGGGACUGUCGCUGUGCUCCUUCCGUAGUGCCAAGAAGAGCAGAGGCCAACAAGGGUCACGGUGGAGGUGGCUGAAGGCAGCGUUCCUCCUCUCUUCUGCUGCGGUCGGUGGCCUCCUGAGCUGGAGCUACCUGAGCGCCGAGGAUGGGGUCACCGAGGUGAUCGCUCGUCACAGUGAGAACUUGCAGGACAAGUUCAUUGAGAUCCCCUGCUCUGAGGACUACGACAGCCACAAAAGAUUUGAAGGGUGCACUCCUAGAAAGUGUGGAAGAGGUGUGACUGAUGCAGUAAUCACGAGGGAAGAAGCUGAAAGAAUCCGUAGAAUAGCAGAGAGGGGACUGUCCUUGGGAGGAUCUGAUGGAGGGGCAUCGAUUUUGGACUUGCACUCUGGAGCUCUUUCACUGGGGAAGCAUUUUGUUAAUCUGUACAGGUACUUUGGGGAUAAAAUUCAAGACAUCUUCACAGAAGAGGAUUUUGCAUUAUAUCGUGAUGUGAGACAGAGAAUUCAACAAAGGAUUGCUCAGGCAUUUGGUAUCAGCUCUGCUUCCAUGUACCUGACUAAGCCAACGUUCUUCUCAAGGAUAAACACCACAGAAGCCAAGACAACACAUGAUGAAUACUGGCACCCACAUGUUGACAAGGUAACUUAUGGCUCCUUUGAUUAUACUUCCCUGCUCUAUCUCUCUGACUACACUGAAGACUUUGGUGGUGGACGGUUUGUCUUUAUGGAUGCAGGUUCCAACAAGACAAUAGAGCCCCGAGCAG